CUGAUGAAGCCUCCUUUCCUUUCCUUCCAAAUCCUUUUUGCCUUCCUUCUCUUUGUUUUCAUUUCUUUCCCUUCAAAUCAAUUCUUCCCUUUCUAUUCAGAGACCAAUAUACCCUACUUAUGGAUCCUCUUGAUGUUUUUCUUGGCAAGUGAGGGUUCAAGGAGAUUAGAAGCUUGGAAGGCAACUGGGAAGCUGCCACCAGGGCCAUUGCAAUUACCUCUCAUUGGAAACCUGUACCAACUUGCUGCUGCUGGCUCACUCCCCCAUCACUCCUUAAGAAAUUUGGCCAAGAAAUAUGGACCCUUGAUGCACCUCCUGCUUGGGGAGGUCCCCACCAUAGUAGUUUCUUCGCCAGAAAUUGCCGCAGAGAUUUUGAAGACACAUGACACCAUCUUUGCUUACAGGCCUACUUUUAUUGUUCCCAUGAUCAUCAGUUAUGAAGGUAAAGAUAUUGCCUGUGCUCCAUAUGGCAGUUACUGGAGACAACUUCGGAAAGUAUGCACGGUAGAGCUUUUAAGUGCAAACCGUGUGCAAUCCUUCAGAUCGAUCAGGGAGGAAGAAGCAUCAGAUUUCAUUAAAACAAUCUACUUCAAUGAAGGCCAGCAAGUAAAUCUCAGUGAAAAGAUAAACUCCCUCACAUACAGCAUAACAUCAAGGGCAACCUUUGGCAAAAAAACCAAAGACCAAAGUGCAUUCAUAAAAGUUAUUACAGACAUUAAUAGCCUGGUAUCAGGUUUCUGUUUGGCUGAUCUAUAUCCUUCUAUUAAAGUUCUCCAUCUUCUAAGUGGGUUAAGGAUGCGAUGUAAGAAGAUUCACUCCGAGCUUGAUAGGAUUCUUGGGAACAUCCUGAAUGAUCACAAGGAGAUGAGGACAGCUAGAGAUGGAGAUGCAAAAGAAGGCCUACUUGAUGUUCUCUUGAGGCUUCAGGAAAAUGGUGAAUUUCCCCUUACUGACAGCAACAUUAAAGCAGUCAUCAUGGACAUUUUCAGUGCUGGAAGUGACACUUCAUCAAUAACAGUGGGUUGGGCAAUGUCAGAGAUGAUGAAAAAUCCAGCUAUAAUGAGAGAAGCACAAGCGGAAGUUAGAAGGAUUUUCAAAGGAAAAGGAGAUGUGGAUGAAAGUGGCCUUCAGGAACUGAAGUACUUAAAGUUGGUAAUCAAAGAAACCUUAAGACUUCACCCUCCUGCACCUUUGUUGCUUCCUAGAGAAUGUAGCGAGAGCUGUGAGAUCAACGGCUACAAGAUUGCUGCAAAAACCAGAGUCAUUGUCAAUGCUUGGGCCCUUGGAAGAGAUCCUAGUUACUGGACUGAAGCUGAAGAAUUUAAACCGGAGAGGUUCCUUAAUAGUCCACUUGAUUACUCCGGGACAAAUUUCGAGUAUAUCCCAUUUGGUGCUGGAAGGAGAAUCUGUCCCGGAAUUUUGUUUGCACAACCUAAUAUUGAGCUCCCACUUGCAAAGUUGCUGUUCCAUUUUGAUUGGAAGCUCCCAAAUGGAAUGAAACCAGAAGAUCUGGACAUGUCUGAGGACUUUGGUUUAGCUUUGAGGAGAAAACGUGACCUGGUCUUGGUUCCCACUUCCUACCAAACCCUUCCUUCUCAUUAAGAAAACAAGGUAGAACAUGUUUGCAUGAAUAUGGCAGACAUAUGCAAAAAUGCUGGGAUAUCUAUAUAUGCAUUCCUAUUUGUAGUUUCUUAUAAGAAUAACAAUCUUUGUUCAGA